UCGCCUCACUCAGAGCGCAGCAGAGCUGAAGCAGGAUCUGGAACCAGAGCAACCGACGCCAUGGCGAUCAAAUUUCUAGAAGUCAUCAAACCCUUCUGUGUCAUCCUGCCGGAAAUUCAGAAGCCGGAAAGAAAGAUUCAGUUUAAGGAGAAGGUGCUGUGGACUGCUAUCACCCUCUUUAUCUUCUUAGUAUGCUGCCAGAUCCCCCUGUUUGGUAUCAUGUCUUCAGAUUCAGCUGAUCCUUUCUAUUGGAUGAGAGUGAUUCUAGCCUCUAACAGAGGCACAUUGAUGGAGCUGGGUAUCUCUCCUAUUGUCACCUCUGGUCUUAUUAUGCAGCUCUUGGCUGGAGCAAAAAUAAUCGAAGUUGGUGACACCCCAAAAGACCGAGCUCUCUUCAACGGAGCCCAGAAGUUAUUUGGCAUGAUCAUUACUAUUGGCCAGUCUAUUGUGUAUGUGAUGACUGGAAUGUAUGGGGACCCUUCUGAAAUGGGUGCCGGAAUCUGCUUGUUAAUCACCAUUCAGCUUUUUGUUGCUGGAUUAAUUGUCCUCCUCCUGGAUGAACUCUUGCAAAAAGGAUAUGGCCUGGGCUCUGGUAUUUCUCUCUUUAUUGCAACUAACAUCUGUGAGACCAUUGUGUGGAAAGCAUUCAGCCCCACCACUGUCAACACUGGACGAGGGAUGGAGUUUGAAGGUGCCAUCAUUGCACUGUUCCAUCUCCUGGCCACGCGCACUGACAAAGUCCGAGCCCUUCGAGAGGCCUUCUACCGGCAGAAUCUCCCCAACCUCAUGAACCUGAUUGCCACCAUCUUUGUCUUUGCAGUGGUCAUCUAUUUUCAGGGCUUCCGAGUGGACCUGCCAAUCAAGUCAGCUCGUUACCGAGGCCAAUACAACACCUACCCAAUCAAGCUCUUCUAUACCUCCAAUAUUCCCAUCAUCCUGCAGUCGGCCUUGGUGUCCAACCUGUAUGUGAUCUCCCAGAUGUUGUCAGCACGUUUCAGUGGCAACUUGCUUGUUAGUCUGCUAGGCACUUGGUCGGACACUUCUUCCGGGGGGCCUGCGCGUGCUUAUCCAGUCGGUGGCCUCUGCUACUACCUGUCCCCUCCAGAGUCUUUUGGUUCUGUGUUAGAAGACCCCGUCCAUGCUGUAGUGUACAUAGUGUUCAUGCUGGGCUCGUGUGCAUUCUUUUCCAAAACGUGGAUCGAGGUUUCAGGGUCCUCUGCCAAAGAUGUUGCAAAGCAGCUGAAGGAGCAGCAGAUGGUAAUGAGAGGCCACCGAGAAACUUCCAUGGUCCAUGAACUCAAUCGGUACAUCCCCACAGCUGCGGCCUUUGGUGGCCUGUGCAUCGGCGCCCUCUCCGUCCUGGCCGACUUCCUGGGUGCCAUUGGAUCUGGAACAGGAAUCCUGCUUGCUGUCACAAUCAUCUACCAGUACUUUGAAAUCUUUGUGAAGGAGCAGAGUGAAGUUGGCAGCAUGGGGGCUCUUCUGUUCUGA